GUUAGUACUUCGGAUUCCCUUUUCUUAUUUAAAUAAAAACCAAACAGGACUUUAAUCACCCAUUUAUAAGCUCGAGGGAAAUAUUUUAUAGUGCUACACCCCCACUGCUACUGCUGCACAAUGAUGAAUGCUAAAAAGGACCUUUUUCUGAAAGCUCUGCAAAGCAAAAUCUUUCUUUUUGGUAGUUAGCUUUUGAGAUCUAAAUGGUAACUUUAGUACUACUCAUUUUCUCAAUCUUUCUAUUUUGGUUGGCCGUUACUCCUGCUUCUAUGAGUCUUCUUUCACCUAAGGGUGUCAACUAUGAAGUGGCAGCACUGAUGUCAAUGAAGAAUAAGAUGAGAGAUGAAUACCAAGUGUUAGAUGGAUGGGAUAUAAAUUCAGUGGAUCCUUGUACUUGGUACAUGGUUGGUUGCUCUUCUGAAGGCUUUGUUAUUUCUCUUGAAAUGGCGAGUAUGGGGUUAUCUGGCUCACUUUCCCCCAGUAUUGGGAAUUUAACUCAUCUUCGGACACUGUUGUUGCAGAAUAAUCAGUUAUCUGGUCCAAUUCCUGCUGAGAUUGGGAAGCUCUCUGAACUGCUGACCCUUGACCUAUCCGGUAAUCAGUUUGAUGGAGAAAUUCCUAGGGCGUUGGGUCGCCUGUUCCGUUUAAGUUACUUGAGGCUUAGCAGGAACAGAUUAUCUGGACUAAUUCCUAAACCUGUGGCAUCCCUUUCAGGUCUUUCAUUCUUGGACUUAUCGUUCAAUAAUCUUAGUGGUCCUACUCCAAAAAUUUUGGCUAAAGAUUACAGUAUUGCAGGAAACAGCUUUCUUUGCUCUGCAAUGCCCACACAAAUUUGUGGGGGCGUGCCAAAACCAGCAAAUGAAAUGAGUUCAGACAGGAAGACUAGCAAUCAUCAUCGGUGGGUUGUUUCUGUUAUCAUUGGGGUCAGUUGCACAUUCAUAGUUACGGUCAUGUUGCUUGUUUGUUGGGUGCAUUGGUACAGGUCUAAUGUCCUCACAGGAUAUGUGCAACACGAUUGCGAAUUCGCCAUUGGCCACCUGAAGAGGUUUUCAUUCCGUGAAUUGCAAAUUGCCACUGGAAAUUUCAGCUCUAAAAAUAUACUAGGACAAGGUGGAUUUGGAGUAGUCUACAAGGGAUACCUUCCCAAUAGGACAAUAGUGGCUGUCAAAAGAUUGAGAGAUCCAAAUUUCACUGGAGAAGUGCAGUUCCAAACAGAAGUUGAGAUGAUAGGCUUGGCUGUGCAUCGGAACCUUCUACGUUUAUAUGGAUUCUCUAUGACUGCAGAGGAAAGAUUACUUAUUUACCCUUAUAUGCCAAAUGGGAGUGUUGCUGAUUGCUUGAGAGACAAUGGUCGGGAUACACCAUUUUUGGAUUGGAGCAAGCGCAUGCAUAUAGCCCUUGGAGCUGCCAGAGGGCUUCUGUAUUUGCAUGAACAGUGUAAUCCUAAAAUAAUUCACAGGGAUGUUAAGGCGGCUAAUAUUCUUCUUGAUGAAAGCUUUGAAGCUGUUGUUGGUGAUUUUGGUCUCGCGAAGCUUUUAGACUGUAGAGAUUCGCAUGUUACAACAGCAGUUCGUGGUACUAUAGGUCAUAUAGCCCCAGAGUAUCUAUCAACUGGCCAAUCAUCUGAGAAGACAGAUGUCUUUGGAUAUGGAAUACUACUUUUGGAACUCAUUACAGGGCUCAAGUCGCUAGAUGCAGGAAAUGGUCAGGGUCAGAAAGGAACUAUUCUUGACCGGGUCCGGAAUUUAUUUGAGGAAAAGAAAGUGGAAAUGCUUGUGGAUAGGGAUCUAAAAGGAUGUUUUAAUACAGAGGAGCUAGAGAAAACAGUUGAAGUGGCUCUACAGUGCACUCAAUCUAACCCCAAUAAUCGGCCUAAGAUGUCAGAGGUUUUGAGAAUCCUGGAAGACAUUACGGGACAAAUGGGGCAUGUGGACGAAUCACAAGGUGGAAGCAACAUAUGCGAAACAAGAGCUUUCAGCUUCUCUAGGAAUUUUAGCGACAUCCAUGAAGAAUCCUCAUUUACCAUUGAACCAAUUGAGCUUUCAGGACCCAGAUAACAAAAGUAGCCAGCACUUACCUCAUCAUUUCAAGCGUGCAAUCUUGAUAUGUCUAGUUCAGCCAUACAAGUGCCUACAUUGUUGUUUCAAGUCUAUCUCCUUGUAGUUUGUAAGUUACUGUAAUUUGUAAUUUUUAUUACAAGAUAAUCAUUACUCUAGUUCGUGAUAGUCACAACCUUUGUGUUAGAAUUAGCUAGACUAACCUCACUUUAGAACUUCAUUAUUUGGAAAAGACAAACUCAGUAUGCCGUACUAGUUCUACUGUGUGUGUGUUGAACAGGUCUAUGCAUUUC